GCGAAAGCGCGCGCGGGGCGUCGAGAGCGCCGCGCACAGGCUGCGAAGACCCCGGCAGCCAAGACGGAGGCGGUUGCUGCGCCCGGUAUAGGGGUCGCUGCCUGAGGCGCAGGCGCCGUGGACUCAGCCCUCCCUAGUCCUCUGCUCGCUGUGGGUUCGUAAUGGCGACUACGCAGAGGCCUUUCCACCUGGUGGUGUUCGGCGCCUCUGGCUUCACCGGCCAGUUUGUGACCGAGGAGGUGGCCCGGGAGCAGGUGGACCCGGAGGGGAACUCCCGCUUGCCCUGGGCCGUGGCAGGCCGUUCGGCGGAGAAGCUGCAGCGAGUGCUGGAGAGGGCUGCCCUGAAGCUGGGAAGACCGACACUACCGUCUGAAGUUGGAAUAAUAAUUUGUGAUAUUAAUAAUCCAGCCUCACUUGACGAAAUGGCUAAAAAGGCAACAGUUGUCCUCAAUUGUGUAGGACCAUAUCGACUUUAUGGAGAACCUGUAGUAAAAGCAUGUAUUGAAAAUGGAACUAGCUGUAUUGACAUCUCUGGAGAACCUCAGUUUCUGGAACAAAUGUAUUGGAAGUAUCAUGAGAAAGCUGCAGAAAAAGGGGUUUAUAUCAUUGGAAGCAGUGGCUUUGACUCCAUUCCAGCAGAUCUGGGAGUAAUAUAUACCAGAAAUAAAAUGAAUGGUACUUUGACUGCUGUGGAAAGUUUUCUGACUAUACAUUCAGGACCUGAGGGAUUGUGCACUCAUGAUGGUACCUGGAAGUCAAUAAUUUAUGGUUUUGGAGAUUACAGAAAUUUGAAAAAACUACGAAAUGAGGCAAAUCUGAAACCUGUCCCAAUUAUUGGUUCAAAAUUGAAAAGAAGGUGGCCAGUUUCUUACUGCAGAGAACUCAGCAGUUACUCCGUUCCUUUUAUGGGAGCAGAUGUGUCUGUUGUGAAGCGGACUCAGCGUUACCUUCACGAACAUUUAGAGCUAUCACCUGUUCAGUAUGCUGCUUAUAUAACUGUGGGAGGCAUCACCUCUGUUAUUAAGCUCAUGUUCGCAGGACUUUUCUUUUUAUUCUUUGUGAGAUUUGGCAUUGGAAGGCAACUUCUCAUAAAAUUCCCAUGGCUCUUCUCCUUUGGUUAUUUUUCAAAACAAGGUCCAACACAGAAACAGAUUGAUGCCUCAUCGUUUACGAUGACAUUCUUUGGUCAAGGAUACAGCCAAGGCUUUAGUCCUGAUAAGAACAAACCAAAUAUCAGAAUUUGUACUCAAGUGAAAGGACCAGAAGCUGGCUAUGUAGCCACCCCCAUAGCCAUGGUCCAGGCAGCCAUGACUCUUCUGAAUGAUGCCGCCGACCUUCCUAAGGCGGGCGGGGUCUUCACACCUGGAGCCGCUUUCGCCAGAACAAAGUUGAUUGACAGACUCAACCAACGUGGCAUUGAAUUUACUGUCAUUAGCAGCUCUGAAGUCUAAACAUUUGAAGAAUUAACCAAAGUCAUAAAAUGCAUGAAUUAAUAGCUUUUUUAUUUGAUAUUUGAAAUUCUUCUCAAGCCUAUGUGUGGAAAAGAUUACUAAAUCUAAAAUAUGUCACAUGAAAAGCAGAAAAUUAUACUAACUUACCCUAACUUUCAAAUCUUAGCUGAUUUUGUGAUUUUAUUACUUGUGAGAGGGAACUAAUAUUUUGACUUGAAGAAUUCAUGGUCAGUUUUUAUAAGUGAGCUGGCAGGUCAGAGGGUGCGGUGGGUGUCUUCGUCUGUGUUGCUGACAGACCCCGUGACGAGGCGCCCAGGCUGGUGUUCCUGUCAGACCGUGACCGCUGCUUUCUUGGCCAUGCUCUCGGGUGGGAUCUUACUGUCCAGUGAGCUUCUCUGUGUUAUGUGUGGGCCUUUACCAAAUAAAACUGCAAUUUUUGUUGUUUUAGCUUAGUUUUUCACCUAUCUACACUGACUGAUUUUGGACUUACCUAAGUUGAAUAAUAAAGGAUUGUCAAUUGA